AUGAAAUCGUUUGUACUCCCUUUUUUCCUGUUAAUAACAAAUCAUUUUAUACAAAGUCAACAAUUUAUUAUUGGUUGUUAUUUUACUAAUUGGUCACAAUAUCGAUCAAGUUUUGGAUAUUUUGAUCCAUCCUAUAUUGAUCCAUCACUAUGUACACAUCUUUAUUAUGCAUUUGCAAAUAUUAAUAUUAAAACUCGAAGUCCAAGUCCAUUUGAAAUUAAUGAUAUUCAAUCCUUAUCAAAAGGAAUGUAUGAACAAAUAAAUUUAUUGAAAACUAAAAAUCGUCGAAUGAAAACUCUCUUAACAUUAGGUGGUGCAUCAGUAAAUUCGACACAAUUUCGAAAUGUUUUUCAACAUGAUAAAAUACGCCGUGAAUUUAUACGAAAUACAAUAAAAUAUUUACGAAAAUAUAAAUUCGAUGGUCUAGAUCUCGAUUGGGAAUAUCCAAUAACAGAAAAAGAUCGUCAAAUUUUUUCAUUAAUUGUUCGUGAUUAUCGAUUAGAAUUUCAAAAUGAAGCUUCUCUAACAAAUCGUACACGACUUCUAUUAACAGCAGCUGUAGCAGCAUAUCAACCAAAAAUUCAAGCUGGAUAUGAUAUUCAAGAAAUAUCAUUAUUUCUUGAUUAUAUCAAUUUAAUGACUUAUGAUUAUCAUGGUAGUUGGAAUUCUUAUAUAGGUUUUAAUAGUCCGCUAUAUCCACGUUCAACUGAAAUAGAUGAUCAACGUUUUCUGAAUCAACAAGCAACAGUUAAUACUUGGCUUGAGGGUGGUUGUCCAUCAUCAAAGCUUAUUCUUGGUCUUGGAAUGUAUGGACGAACAUUUAAACUAAAAUCGAAAACAAAUCCUGAUAUUAAACCAUAUGCACCAUCGAUAGGUGCUGGUUUACCUGGUAAUUUCACUCGUAAUAGUGGAUUUUUAUCCUAUUAUGAAAUAUGUGAUCUUAUAAAAAAACAAAAUUGGUCUACGAAAUACGAUAAAGAACAACAAGUACCAUUUGCAUAUAAAAAUGAUCAAUGGGUUGGUUAUGAUAAUCAACAAUCGAUAGAACAAAAAUGUUAUUUUAUUGCUAAACAAAAUUUAGCUGGUGCAAUGAUAUGGUCUCUUGAUUUAGAUGAUUUUCAUGCUGAUGUAACAAUAAGAGAUAAACAUGGUUAUACACCAUUAAUAUCAGCACAAAUAAAUCGUAAAGUUGAUACAGUUGAAAUGAUACAAAAUGAAAUUGAACUUCGACAACAAGUUCGACAAGAAACAGAAAAGAAAUUACUUGAUGCUUGUUUUGAUGGUGAUGUUGAAAAAGCAGAAGAAUGUCUUGCUCAUUUGGGUGCACAUGCUAAAGCAGUAUUAAAUUCAAGUCCAAAUGGAAGUGAUACAUUGAAUUUUCUAUAUAGAGCAUGUCGAACAGGAAAUGUUGACUUAGUUAAAUUAUUAUUAAAACAUGGGGCAAUUGCAAAACCACAUCGUCAAACAUCUUAUUCUCCACUUUAUAUAGCUUGUCGAAUUGGAAAUCUUGAAAUUGUUCAAAUGAUUUUAACUCAUUUUCCACAUUUAGUUUGUGUUGCAACACUCGAACAAAUUCUUCCAUUUUCUGCUGCUUGUUCACAAGGUCAUCUAUCUAUUGUACAACUUUUAUUAACAUAUCCAAAUUAUCCAUUUGCAUCAUGUAGUAUUUAUGUUGAUCGCUUACAACGAUCAUAUGUUUUUCCAUUUAAUCUCAAUGCACAAGAUUUGAAUGAUCAAACAAGUUUAUAUUUAUCUGUACUUGGUAAACAUAUUGAUGUUGUUGAAUAUCUUCUUUCCUUUCGUGUUUAUGGAUUAACUUCUGAAGAAGUUGAACUUUUCAAACGUCGAUCAAUACAUAGUUAUUUUACUUCUGAACAUUCUAUAGUAACUCUAUCAGAAUUUAAUACAACUUUACAAAAACUUAGUUCACCAUUUUGUCCAUUUAAUCUUGAUAUUUAUUCGAAUAAUGGUCGAACAGCCUUACAUGAAGCAAUUGAACAAGAAAACUUUCAAUUAGUUCAUUUACUUAUAUCAAAUGGUGCUAAUGUUAAUUUACCAUAUGAAGAAAUUACAAGUCGAUCAUCAAAUGAUGAACAAUGUUUUAUAACACGUUCAACAUCAUUAUCAUGUGCAUGUCGUCUUGGUAAUAUACAAUUAAUUGAAUAUCUUCUUAAUUCUCAUGCAACUGAUAAAGAAUUUCUUGCAUAUAAUUCAUGUAAACAAUCAUAUCUUAUUGGACAUUUACUUAAGUAUCGUGUUUUACAAGAUAAUGAAUUUAAAUUAACAAAACGACAAUUAACAUCAAAUGUUUUAUAUUCAUUUGAUGAACAAUUUUGGUCAAAUAUUGAUUUAACUAAAAUUUGGAUAAAUAACAAUGAUGAAAACAAACUUGAUAAUAAUAAUAAUAUAUCCGCCGAAACGAAUUAUUCUAUAGAACCUAUGUUUAAACGACGUUCAACUAAACGAUAUCAAAUAUUAACAACUGGUUUUGAACAAAUUAAAAAUCGUUUUACAACACGUUCAGUUUUAACAACAAAUCAUAUACCAUUAUCAUCACCUAUUCCAUCAGUACCAGUUGGUAUUCAAUGGCAUCAUUAUGGUCCAUUGAAAACUCUUGAUCCUCUAUGGUUUAUUCAAGCAUCAAUAUUUGUUAAUAAAGAUAGUUUUACACAAUUAUCAGAUAUCACAACAACAAAUCGUCAUUUACUUUUACAUUGUAUAACACGCAUUGAUUUAUCUGAUAAUUCAUUAGAAUAUUUACCAGGAUUUCUUUUUCAAAUGUAUUCAUUAAGAAUAUUAAAUGUAUCAAAUAAUCAAUUAGGAGAAUUACCAAAUGAUAAUAAUGUUUGGUUAUGUCAUCAAUUAGUUGAAUUAGAUGUUUCACAUAAUGCUUUAACUUGUUUACCAUCAGCUAUGUUUCAACUUCGAUCUUUACAAAGAGCUUAUGCAGCUCAUAAUCAACUUCAAUAUUUACCUGUUGAAAUGUGGUCAGCACCAAUGUUAACUGAUUUAAAUGUUGCCAAUAAUUCUUUAAAAGAACUUCCAGCACCAAGUGUUGUUUCUGUUAGACAUACUGAAAAAGUCGGACGACAUAUGACAUCUCGACAUUCAGGUAAUCAAAAUCGAACAGCUAGUGAAUUACGUCCACAAAUUAUAUUAAGAUCUCCAACUAAACAAAAUUUUGAUGAAAUAAAAUCUCCAACAAUAUCAUCUUCAAUGACAACAGCUAAUUUAUCUCUUCUUUCUGCUCCUUUAUCAGCUCCACCACGUUCAACAACAUUUGCUCAAAUAUCAACAAAUGAUAUGCCACCAUCUCCUGAUGAUGAUGAUGAACUUGAACGACGAUCAAAGCUAAAAAUGGCCUAUGAAAAUUCUCUUCCAUCUGCACCAUUAUCUAUUCCUGUAAAACGUUUAUGUCUUUGGCAAAAUCAUAUAACUCAAUUGACUGAUGAUGAUCAACAACCAGCAACAAAUAUUAAAUCAACAUCAUCAUCAUCAUCGUCGUCAUCAUCUACACAAACAAGGAGUCGAUUAAAUAAUUUAAAUUUAUCUUAUAAUCAUUUUGAAAUUCUACCACCAAUGCUUUGUUGUCUUGUACCAUAUUUGACAUCUCUAAAUCUUUCUCACAAUCUUCUUACUGAUCCAUCAACAAUAUCAUCAUAUCCUCCACGUUUAAAAAUGCUUGAUUUAUCAUUUAAUCGUCUUCAACAUAGUAUUCUAUCGAAAUCAUCAUCAAAUACACCCCGAAAAGAAAAAUUAUCUCGAAAGAAUCGUCAUGAUGAAACGAUACCAUCGGAAAAUAUUUGUUUUCGUCCAGAAUUAAAAGAAUCAAGUGCACAAUUAGAUGCUGCUAAAAGACGUCGAAGUCGAUCAGUAUCUCGUCAUAAAAUUCUUACAUCAACUAGUCUAACAAUUGGAAUGAAUUCAUCAUCAAAAUCAGAACAUACAGAUCAAUGUUGUAAUCAUAAGCGUCAUAUAAAACUUGAAUUUUUGCACGAUUUAAAUUUAAGUGAUAAUCUUAUUGAUGAACUUAUUUUAUUAUCAGACUCAAAACUUACAUCUGAUAUGGAUAUAACAGUAUUACGUUCUUCGUUAUUAUUUCCAGCAAUUACUCGCCUUAAUUUAAGUCAAAAUAAACUUGUUUCAAUUCCAACUAGUAUUUCUCUACUGGAUAGUCUAGGAACAUUAAUAUUACGUGAUAAUCAACAGUUAAAAGAAAUUCCAUUAUCGAUUGGUUCUAUGCAAAAACUAUGGAAUCUUGAUCUUCAUGGUUGUGGUCGAGUUGUUAAAAGAUAA